UUUUUUUGUGCGGGACCUUUAUGUUAUGCUAACCCAACGCUAGGUUAAGCUACAAGAAAAUAUAAAAAAUAAAAAAGUUUCGUUGACAACUCGACAGCAAGUUACCUGGGAGCCAUUGUACAUUUUGGUAAGAAGACAACUUCUUACCAAUGAUUUCGUUGGUGCAAAUGAAAUUCCAUGCGCUAUUGCUGCUGCUAUCAAAGGUGUGGACAUGUAUUUGUUUCAUGUUCAAUCGCCAAGUGCGCGCUUUUAUCCAGUAUCAGCCAGUUAAAUACGAACAGUUCCCUCUGUCGCCCGUAUCGCGACAUCGACUCAGCUUGGUGCAGCGAAAGACCUUGGUCCUGGAUCUGGAUGAGACACUUAUACACUCACAUCACAAUGCUAUGCCCCGGAAUACCGUUAAGCCUGGCACGCCGCAUGACUUUACCGUUAAAGUGACCAUCGAGAGGCAUCCUGUGCGGUUUUUUGUGCACAAGCGACCGCAUGUCGAUUACUUUUUGGAUGUGGUGUCACAGUGGUACGAUCUAGUUGUAUUCACCGCCAGCAUGGAGAUAUAUGGAGCAGCCGUAGCGGACAAACUUGACAAUGGUCGCAAUAUACUGCGACGUCGCUACUAUAGACAACACUGCACGCCCGACUAUGGGUCCUAUACCAAAGACUUGUCAUCAAUAUGCAGUGACUUGAAUAGGAUAUUUAUAAUAGACAAUUCACCUGGCGCAUAUCGAUGUUUUCCAAAUAAUGCAAUACCAAUUAAGAGUUGGUUCUCCGAUCCAAUGGAUACAGCACUUCUUUCCUUGCUUCCAAUGCUCGACGCACUGCGAUUCACCAACGAUGUCCGCUCGGUAUUGUCACGGAAUCUUCAUUUGCAUCGUCUUUGGUAGCAGGUGGGCUGCCAACAAUCAUAGUUUAUGCGUUCGAAACCUUCUAAUAACAAAUGCAAUUCAACCUUACAAAAAUUUUAUUAACAUGUAGCAA